AUGGUAAUGAUAUAUAGAAUAGCAAGUUUUCUAGUACUUGGAUUAUUUACGGCUACUAUUACUGCGAAACCCGAUAUAAAUGAUUAUGAACAAGAUAGUUUGCUUCGUUCAAAACGGCAAUUUAAUUUCCUAAGUGGAGGUGGUGGAGGUCAAAGCGGAGGUCUAAGCAGCUUGUUCCAACAACCAACUAAUUUCUUUCGUCAAACAUUAGGCGGAGGUGGUGGUAGCGGUCGACAGAGUGGUAGAGGGGGUUUGACUUCUGGUUUACCCUUUUUAGGCGGAGGUGGAGGGAGCAAUGGUUUAACUUCUGGAAUUCCAUUUCUUGGCGGUGGUAGGGGUAAUGGCGGUAACAGUGCUAGACGAGGAAGUAGUCGCUUAUCUUCCAGCUUACCGUUUUUAGGAAAUAGUGGUGGCCUAACGUCUGGAUUACCGAAUUUAAGUAGUCUAACUAGCAGCUUAGGAGGUGGUGGAGGAAGGGGAAGUCAGAGAAACAUGGGUGGUGCCAGUGGCGGAGGGAAUUUAUUUAGUCUUUUCGGUGGAAAGUAA